AUGGGAAUGCCUGCAGAAGCAAGUCCAACGCAGCGGAUCCCACCCUCACCACCGGAGCCUUCGGCUUUUCUACAGUCCGAAGGAGUCACUUCAGAGGUUGUUACGGACUCAUCGAAUGGGCAUGAACGGCCACAAUGGGGCCAAGGAAUCCAGUUCUUGUUGACGUCCAUCUCGGUGGCUGUUGGAUUGGGAAACAUCUGGAGAUUCCCGUCGUUGGUCUAUGAGAAUGGAGGAGGUGAGCGGGACUCAGUUUUUAUACCUAAAACUGAUGACAUAAAUAAAAAAAUUAAUAAUUUUUAUUUGACAUGACGUUAUUAUGGCAAUUUUUGGUAAAAGUUCCUUAUUUUGGCCACACCUUAUACCUUUGCGGAAACUAGUCGGAAUUAGCCCAAAUUUAGCGUGCACGCUCAAUUCAUCGUUGCCAAUGCCCGGACAGAGGAUUUAGUUAGUGAGGUACCUUCUUUUUUACGUACCAUCUUACCCUUCAAAAACGGCUGCAGCCUGUGAUUCUACACUUUAUACGAUGAAACAUGUCCGGAAUCCCAACUUUAGUGCCCAAGCUUGGGCGCAGUUCGCGGAGUACCUUUGUUGUGGCCAAAAUAAGGAACUUUUUCCCAAUUUUUACUUGAAUUUAUCUUCUAUUUUCCAAUUUUUUUGCAUUUAUUUUCCAGGCACCUUCCUUAUUCCCUAUUUCACAUGCGCUUUGCUUGUUGGAUUCCCUGUUCUAUACCUCGAGCUUAGUUUGGGGCAAUUUGCACGGUGCGGAGCAAGCGUUGUUUAUGGCAGAAUCAAACCAGCCUUUCAUGGUAAGUUUUACUACUUCUUGAAGUUAACAAUUGCCCUUGCAUCCGUAAAAAAUACUUUUUUUCAGGAAUUGGCUGGGCCAUGGCCAUGAAUUGCUUCUUCGUCGGGGUCUAUUAUAACAUUGUCGUGGCCUGGACUCUGAUUUAUGUUGUCCUCAUCAUUGCGCAACAAAGCCACAUGUGGAUGACAUGUAGAAACGAUUUCAAUACUGUGUGUAAGUUCUGUCUCCUUUUGCAGGUUUUAGAAAGCUUCGAAAACUUUGAAAUUGCAUUUUGCAGAUUGUCAAUCGCUUCAAGAAGAUCGAAAAUGCGCCGAAAUAUUGAAAGAACCGGCCUUUUACUUCAACCGACAGUGUUUCGCUGAGAACGAUCUGACCGGACAAGGCCUGAGGAAUGCAACGCUUUCGAUUAAGAGUCCAGUAUCGCCGACUGAAGAGUUCUUCGAGUAAGCUACACUAUAUUAUUUCCCAUUUUCAGCCAUUAUAUUCUUCAACGAUCUCCCACAGCCGAAGAUUUGACAAUGAAUUGGAUGGUAUGUGGAGCGUAUUUCGUUGUGUUCACAGUCAGCGCUUUCGCCAUGUACAAAGGACCCAAAAUCAUCGGGAAAUUGUCGUAUUUCGUCGCCGUCGCCCCGUAUAUCAUCAUCGGAAUCUUGUUUGUUCGGGCUGUUACAUUGGAUGGAAGGGAUAUUGGGAUUCGUUAUUAUUUGUUGGACUUCAAACCAGAUGUUUUGUAUAAAAAGGAGGUAAGACUGUAAAGCCUAGGUCCUUUAAUUUCACUUUCUAUAGACCUGGAUUGCGGCUGCAACUCAAGUAUGUUACAGUCUUACAACUGGCUUUGGAGGAGUCUUGUCGUUCGCCAGUUACAACAAACCGGAUCACAACAUCUACAGAGACGCCUUCAUCAUCACCGUCGCCGACUCCUUUAUGUCCGUUUUUGGAGGUACUGCCGUCUUUUGUGUUCUUGGAUUUAUGAGCAAAUCGCUGAAUGUGGAGAUCGACAAAGUUGUGCAAGAUGGGACUGCUCUCGCAUUUGUGGCCUACCCAGAGGCAUUGGCCUGGCUUCCUAGACCUGCUAUAUGGUCUUUCCUCUUCUUUUUCAUGCUCUUUGUACUCGGUCUGAGCUCCGAAUUUGGUCUUAUCGAAGCCGUGGUGACUGCCUGGUCGGAUCAAAUCCCAUUUCUGAAUAGGCACAAGGGAUGGUCGACUUUUGGGAUGUGUUAUAUUAUGUUCGCGUGUGGGUUGACUAUGUGCACAAGGGUCGGUUCUUUUCUAAUGAAAGCAUUUAUUAAAAAAGCAUAUACUCUUCCUAUAUUGUAUUGUAAAUCUGCGUCUUUUCAGAGUGGAUUCUACUACUUCAAUCUGGUAAACGAAUAUGCGGCGGGCUUCUCAAUUACGACUUGCUUGAUCUUUGAGACCUUUCUGAUUGCCUACUUUUACGGCCUCAAAAAGUAUAUCAAGGAUUUGCGGUGGAUGUUCGGAACUCCCAAGCAUGUUUUGGCCAAGGUUUUUGGCAGCACUGGAUAUUACGUUCAAUUUAUUUGGCUGAUUGUGAGUCCGCUCACUUGGACGGUAAGGCAAAGUCGUACUUAAUAAACUAUUCUUUUGGUAACAGGUUACAUUAUCUUGUUUACUUCCAGGCCUUGACCGCGGUGAUUGUGUACAAACAAUUCUCAUCGACUCGGAUUCCCGGUGUCGGAAAAGACGAAAGAUUCUAUGCAUUCCCCUCAUGGAUGACCAGCAUUGGACUGGUGAUCUCGCUGAUCCCUUUCUCUACUAUCCCACUUUUCAUUGUCAUAAAUGUCGUCAAAUUUCAAAGACAGGGAAAGGUAGGGCAAAGAAAAAAUAAAAAAUUCUCUUUCAGGGUCUCAGAGAACUAUGGCGCCCCCAGCCGGAAUGGCCCACCCACAGUAAGCAAUCAAUUGAAAUGGACAUUGAGAAGCUACGGAUCAGACCAGAACUUUCAACCGAGUCCGAUGAGAGCUCAAAGGAAUCAAAAUAA